GGUGCCCUGAAGAAUUAUUACCUCCUCUCUCACAAGCGACUGCACAAGAGAUCUCUCACUGUGAGCGAACUGCAUCAUAAGGCGCUCAGGGAUGAACCGCGGGUGCACUGGUUCCAGCAGCAACAUGAGAAGAGGCGCAAGAAGCGCGACUUUGGCGCCGCGUCCUACGCGUUCGCCGAUUAUCCGCCCUUCUUCAGCGACUUCGGUCCGCGUCCGCGUCCGCGUCAGGCUACCGUGUUUCAUCGCCAAAGAAACAGAGGCUUGCCGCUUCAAAACCUGUUCACGGACCCGCUCUUCAAGGAACAGUGGUACCUGAACGGCGGCGCCAAGGAUGGGUAUGACAUGAAUCUCGGUCCGGCUUGGCAGAAAGGCUAUACCGGCAAGGGUGUCGUCGUUUCGAUUCUAGACGACGGCAUUCAAACCAACCAUCCUGAUCUGGCGCUCAACUAUGAUCACCAGGCCAGCACGGACAUCAACGACAACGACGACGACCCGAUGCCGAGGGAUAAUGGCGACAACAAGCACGGCACUCGAUGCGCCGGCGAGGUCGCCGCCGUUGCCUUCAACCAGUAUUGCGGUGUCGGUGUCGCCUACAAUGCCAGUAUCGGAGGCGUGCGAAUGCUCGAUGGCCCGGUAAACGACGCUGUCGAGGCCAGAGCGCUGGGAUUGAAUCCUGAUCACAUCGACAUAUACAGCGCCUCCUGGGGUCCCGAGGACGACGGCAAGACCGUCGAUGGUCCGGGCCCGCUCGCCAGGAGGGCGUUUAUUUACGGAGUGACGAGCGGACGCAAAGGCAAGGGCUCGAUUUUUGUGUGGGCGUCGGGUAACGGCGGUCGGCAUACCGACUCGUGCAACUGCGACGGUUACACGAACAGCAUAUUUACACUGUCGAUAUCGAGCGCGACCCAGGGCGGCUACAAGCCAUGGUAUCUCGAGGAAUGCAGCUCCACCCUGGCAUCCACUUAUUCGUCGGGCACGCCCGGCAACGACAAGAGCGUCGCCACCGUGGACAUGGACGCCAAGCUGCGUCCCGAUCACAUCUGCACGGUGGAACACACCGGAACAUCCGCCUCGGCGCCGUUAGCCGCCGGCAUCGCCGCCCUCGCCCUUGAGGCGAACCCGACCCUAACGUGGCGGGACAUGCAGUACCUGGUGGUACUCACCUCGCGGUCCGAACCGUUGAGCAACGAACCAGGCUGGAUACUGAACGGCGUGAAGAGAAAGGUGUCUCACAAGUUCGGCUACGGUUUGAUGGACGCGGGCGCCAUGGUCAGCCUGGCUGAACAGUGGACCAAUGUGCCGCCGCAGCACAUUUGCAAGUCCGACGAGAUCAAUGAGGAAAGACCGAUUGAUCCCACGUACGGCUAUACCUUGAGCGUAUACAUGGACGUCACCGGAUGCGCUGGGUCCUUGAACGAAGUACGGUUCUUGGAGCAUGUGCAGUGCAAGGUUUCUCUGAGAUUCUUCCCUCGAGGAAACUUGAGGCUUUUACUGACCUCCCCGAUGGGCACAACCUCGACCCUAUUGUUUGAACGACCGCGCGACGUUCUCAGUUCCAACUUCGACGAUUGGCCCUUCCUCAGCGUGCACUUUUGGGGCGAGAAAGCAGACGGCCGAUGGACCCUGCAGAUCAUUAAUGCUGGGAACCGACACGUCAAUUCACCAGGCAUACUGAAAAAGUGGCAGCUGAUCUUCUACGGCACGUCAACGAACCCGAUCCGGAUACGCACGCGGCAGUUUAAUCCGGUACAUUCCUCAUACCUUCCCUCCCAUUCCGUUCAUUAUCCGUUCAGGGUAGACGAUGAUCCGCUACAACUGUCCGGCUAUCCGGGCAAUAGCGACUUCUUUUCUUCGUCUACCUUUCAGAGUUACCAGGGCCCGUACUCCGGCGCAGCAUCGAAUCUACAGGCAUCGGUGGCCACCUUGGACGGCUCGUCGGCGCCGCUCCUGACGAACCACUUGCCCGGCGACGUCUCCUCUGCAUCCGCCUUCGACUCACCCUCGGCAGCGUCAUCCGCGCAAGCGGAUCUCUCGGUAGUAUCUCUCGAUACUACCAGAAGGAUACUGCAUGACUGUGAUCCGCAGUGCGACGCGCAGGGCUGUUAUGGCAAAGGUCCGACUCAGUGCGUCGCCUGUAAGAAUUAUCGUCUCGACAACACAUGUGUCAGUCGCUGUCCGCCAAGGAGCUUCCCUAACCAAGGCGGUGUCUGCUGGCCGUGCCACGAAUCCUGUGAAAUUUGCGCGGGCGCUGGUCAGGACUCCUGUCUCUCCUGCGCGCCCGCUCAUCUUCGAGUCACCGAUCUGGCAGUCUGCCUCCAACAAUGUCCGGAAGGCUACUACGAAAACACCGAGAACAGCACGUGUGUGCCGUGCGAGGCCAACUGCGCCAGCUGUCAGGACAGACCGGACAAGUGCACCAGCUGCGAGCAUCACUUGGUGAUGCACGAGAACAAGUGUUACGCCGCGUGUCCCCCAUAUACGUACGAGACGCAAGACUAUAGCUGCGCCCCGUGCCAUGCUACUUGCGAGACCUGCAACGGUACGGCAGAGAACCAAUGCAUUACCUGCCGAUCCGGGCUGUUCGCUUUGAACGGUACAUGUCGCGCCUCGUGCCCGGCGGGUUACAGCGCCGACAAGAAACGGCGCGAAUGCGUCGCAUGUCCACCCGGUUGUGCGACUUGCGCCACGGUGAGUUGCACUAGUUGCAUUGAGGGCUGGAGCUUGAACAAAAAAGGGCUAUGCGCGCCCGAGAGUCGCAGCAACUGCAACUCGGGCCAGUAUUAUGAGAACAGCCAAUGCAAGGUCUGUCACUCGUCUUGCGAAACUUGUGCCGGCCCCACAGAAGAUCACUGCAUAUCCUGUCCGAAUCCGUUACUGCUUCAAGGCAAGCGCUGCGUGUCCCAGUGCGACGACGCGUAUUACUCCGUGGUACAACCUUCGCGACCGAUUUGCGUCCCUUGUCUGCAUACUUGCAAGAGUUGCGUCUCCCGUUUGAACUGCACGGCAUGUCAAGAUGGGCUACAACUGCAAAGCGGAGAAUGCAGAUCGUCCUGCGCGCCGGGUUAUUAUAGCGAUAGAGGUCAAUGCGCCAAGUGUUACUUAUCGUGUAAAACAUGCUUGGGACCCAGGAGGGAUCAGUGCGUCACCUGUCCGAGAGGCUGGCAACUGGCAGCCGGCGAAUGCCAUCCCGAAUGCCCAGAAGGUUUCUUUAAAUCCAAUUUUGGUUGUCAAAAGUGUCAUCAUUAUUGCCGUACAUGUAAAGGAGAAGGUCCGUUAGAAUGCACUUCCUGUCCUCCUCAUUCGAUGUUAGAAGGCGGAUUGUGCAUGGAGUGUCUGGGCGCGCAAUACUAUGAUUCCUUGACACAGCUCUGCAAGAGUUGCCAUUCCGACUGCCGAAGAUGCACUGGCCCCGGCAAGUUCAGCUGCGCCGCAUGCUCGCUGCCACUGCAUUUGGACAAAUUGAACAACCAGUGCGUGCCUUGUUGUACGGGCAACGAAAAAGGGCCUCAAGCUGAGGAGUGUUGUCUCUGUGAUCCAGAAACUGGCGGCUGCAGAAACAGUUCGCCGGCUGGUAAAAGAAGAGUACCGGGAACAGAAUUCUCAGCCGACACUGCUAUCUCUGAAACAUAUUUUGAUAGCGACAGUAAACCAAGUAACAACGACUCGGCAUCACUCGCCGUAACAGCAGCUACGACUAUGGCAGUUGCUAUUUGUUUAGCAUCAAUCGCGUUGUUUGCAAUGAUAUUCGUCGCUCUUCAGGCCUGGUCCGGCAGAAGGGAGGCCAAUAUGGGAUAUACGCAGCUCGCCGUGAAAGUGGAACCGUCCGAAGAUCCGGACACCGACGACGCAACAGAGCUGAUGACCUAGACUACGUUAACUGCCACGUAGCUAUUGACCUCAUAUCGAAGAGUCGCAGAGAGAUUGACGAGUCUCGAUUGUGAUCAGUUCGCGAGUCAGAAGUUACGUGCUUUCACGUCAGCGAGGUCCAGAGAUAGCCUACAUAUGUGUAAUGAGGAAAAUGGGAAUACGGUGGUAAAUACGUAACGGAAAGGAAGAAGUGGAAGAAAAAAUAGGAGGAGGAGGAGCAAGCAAAGGAUGAUUUGUCGCAAACGUGAUAGUAGAACUCCGUAGAGUAUGAACAGCGAGAAAAGAAGAGAAA